UUUUCCGCUCGAUGCAGAUCUAGAAGUUGGAAAAUGUCGUACUUGAACGAAGAUGUUCUUGAAAUUUGAGUUGGAGAUUGAAGUUUAUUUGAACAGUAUUUAUGGAUUCAGAAGGGGGAAGUGGUGAGAAGAAAACAGUAUCAAGUUGGUCUUUAGGAUGGCCUACUUCAUAAAUUCUCACAUGGGUUGCUUAUUUGGUUUGAAUAGACGCACUUCAUCAUGUGCCCUAACAAACUAUUGAGCAGUCCCAUUUGUUCCAAUGAGGUGCAGUUAUAGUCCAAAAGGGAAAGUACGAAGUUCUGAGGAUCUAUUGUUGCUCGAUUUAUUUGUGAAGUAAUGGAAACAGUUGGACUAUGACUUGACUUGUGAUGAAUGGAAACAAUUGACCAAUGAGCCUGAAAUUAGUGGUAUGAAUUUCAGAGAAUGUGCAGUGAGAGAAGAAAAUUGGGUGCCUUUUUAUGAGAUGAGGCAAAGCCAUGUGAAGGGAUAUUCACAAAUAUAUCCAACUACCAGACAUCAAUACCCCACUUUGCCACUGGAAUGGUCGGAGUCAUCAGCAUAGUAUUUCCUUCUGAAAUAUUAUAAAUAUAAACAUCAAAAUGAGCCUUCAAACACCACCCUCAACUCAUUUCAACUUCUACUUCCUCUUCUAGUUAGCUCUAAACCAAUCAGAUUAGAACAUUAGACAGACUGCCUUUCGUUCGAGAAAAUGGGGAUUCGGUUGCUAUCUUUGGUUCCUAAUGCCAAGCAAAUUCUAAAGAUGCAGUCAAGUUUCACCAAAAACCAGUUGGACGUUCCAAAAGGCCAUGUGGCUGUUUAUGUGGGAGAGAUCCAAAGGAAACGGUUCGUGGUUCCGAUAUCUUAUCUAAACCAUCCAUCGUUCCAGAAACUGCUCGGUCAUGCCGAGGAGGAGUUUGGCUUCCAUCAUCCACAAGGGGGCCUAACAAUUCCUUGCAAAGAAGAUGCCUUUAUUGAUCUCACUUCUAGAUUGCAAGUUUCUUGAAGGAUCGACAGCAAAGCACAAGCUUCAAUUUUUUGACAAACAUUUCUGUUUGUUUCUGACACUUGUUUUUUUGAUUCAUACUAGAAUGUUGAAGAAUGACAUGGCCUUCUUGCCUGCAAAUGAAAAAAUACACAAAUUUAACAUCAA